UGUUCCCGGAUAAUGCCUGACGGUGAAGGCCCUUUGUACUGGUUCCAGUCGUUUGAAUACGCUCUGGACCACUGGCUUCAGAAGACGACAGAGCACGUGCUAGGCUCGGUGCUGUGUGCCCCUGGAUGUUUCAGCCUGUACCGCUGUAGCGCCAUCUGUGACGUGCUGAAGACCUACAGCCAGCCUGCCCGGUCAGCGAUGGACUUCCUCACUAGAGAUAUGGGGGAGGACAGGUGGCUCUGCUCUCUGAUGGUUCAAGAAGGGUGUAGCAUUGCCUACUGCCAAGAUGCCCGGGUUACCACACACUGUCCGACUAAUUUUCAGGAGUUUUUAAAACAAAGGCGUCGUUGGAUUGCGUCCACUUUAGCCAACGUCUACCUGCAUUUAAAGGACAGGAACAAACUCCGUCGGGCCAAUCUUCGCGUCUCCGAGAUCUUCCUGAUGUACCAUGUGCUCCAGUUUAUCAUGGCUCUUUUCUCGCCCACAGUCGUUCUCGUUCUCAUUGCCGGUGGAAUUAGCUCCGCGUUUGGUAUCUCAACUUCUGUUAUGUACAUUGUCAUUGCCGUGCUAGAGUUCAACUUUGUCCUCAUUUGCCUCAAAGGAAAUCAUCGAACCCAACUGGUGGUGGCUGAGUUCUAUGCUCUCCUGUUCCCUACCUUGAUGUGGGCUAUCUUAGCGGGGAUCGUCGUCAAGUUACUCAACGACUCAGACCUUAACUUCACUGCGGGCUACAUCGUAGCCACUUUUGGCGUGGUCCUUGUGACCGGCAUCCUCCAGGGCAAACACUGCGUACAUCUGGUCCAUGGUGUACUCUUCCUUUGUUCACUGCCAUGCAUGUACCUGCUGAUGUCUUUGUACACGGUAUCCAACCUGACAGAUCUCAGUUGGGACCCAUCGCCUGACAAAAAAGAAGAAAAGACGACUGAAAUAAAACCAACACCCACAGACCCAUCGCCUGAUAAAACGGAAGAAAAGACGACUGAAAUAAAACCAACACCCACAGAAUCGGCUGAUGUUGAAGAAGAAAGUGACGAGGAGGAUGAAGACACGGAUGAAACAGACGGCUUCAGCUCUGAUUAUCCGUCCAUAGACAAUUGGCUACCAGAUCAUCUAAGGAUACCGUACGCCGCCAAGUUCAAGAAACACGGCUAUGCAACCACCAACUUUCUCACAUCUUUGACCGAGGCUGACCUGGUCAAGUUAGGCGUGGAUAAGAAGGGCAUUAGGAUGUUCCUGAUGGCUGAGAUAAGAAGACUGCCAAUUUUCCAUCUGAAGAUUAAUGUCAAAGCCUCCGUUGACAUGUUUUUGAAAGACAUUGGACUGCAGAACUAUCUGGAGAACUUUAAAGCCAACUGUUUGGACACGGCUGAAAGUAUCCAAAUUCUCAAGCACUUCACAGAAGCCGACAUCAAAGAUUUGGGGAUUAAAAAAUCAGGUCACGUUAAAAGAUUAAUGAGUGCGAUAGCGAUGCUUCGAUUGCACGAGGAAGUGUACACAACAGAGCAAGGAUAUCACACAGGCCCAGAUGAGAGAGACUUCAGGGCACAGUGGGUGCAUCUGAUAGAGCGGACUUUGAACCCCGAUCGUUGUAACGUGGUCUCUCCAGACACCAUAACAGGUGAGCAUCCGUUCGUCCAGUGGUAUUAA